AUGUGGAAGUAUCAAGCGUUUCUUGUCUCGCUAGCAAGCACAGCCGUUUUUGCUUCAGUCGAUAUAUCGAAAUUCCCUACUAAAACAGAUCCUACUCAAGUCACCAUACCUAAAAUUCCCCAGACAACAUCGUAUGACGUUGCAACAGAAUGCACUUACUACCAGUCUAAUUUCACUAUCGAUAGAACGCAAUGGCCCACGAUUUGGGAUAUUGCAACCUCCAACGGCAUGAACACUUCAGCUGAAUUUAUGGCAGUUUACAAUUCAAUUGAUUGGACCAAAGCUCCUACUGCUCCCGUCCGAAAACUUACACCUGCAGGAGGUCUUGAUCUGACUGGUUAUGAUACCGUCAAUGAUCCUGACUGUUGGUGGUCUGCUACCCAAUGUGUUAAGCCAAAGAAAGCCGGUAUUAACGCUGAUAUCUAUCAAUGUCCAGAACCUAACACUUGGGGUUUGACUUUCGAUGACGGACCUAACUGUUCACACAAUGCGUUCUAUGACUAUCUGCAAACCAACAAUCAAAAAGCCUCCAUGUUCUAUAUUGGUUCCAACGUUCUCAACUGGCCUUAUGGUGCUCUACGUGGUUUAAAGGAUGGUCACCAUCUUUGUGGCCACACUUGGUCCCAUAAAAUGAUGACAACCUUAACAAAUCAAGAAGUCCUCGCUGAGCUCUAUUAUACUGCUAAAGCUGUCAAAUACGUUACAGGUGUUACUCCUUUGCACUGGCGUCCUGCUUUAGGUGACCUUGAUGACCGUGUUCGCUGGAUCGCUACACAACUCAACAUGACUGCUAUUCUCUGGAAUCUUGAUACUGACGAUUGGGCUGCUGGAGUUACUCCUGGUAUUACAACCGAUACUGUAAAUCAGAGGUACCUCGAUUUCAUCCAAAUGGGUAAAAAUGGUUCUUUUGCAAACUCCGGAAACAUUGUGCUCUCUCAUGAAAUCAACAAUAUGACUAUGGAAUUCUUCGUGAAGCAUUAUCCCGAAAUCAAGAAAAACUAUAAACAUGUUAUUGAUGUCGCUACCUGCCAAAAUAUUGCCCACCCUUAUCUAGAGAAAGUCAUCACAUUCCCCAGCUUCGAAGCAAGCACUUCAAAGAAUGCAAGCGCCGCCACUGGUUCUGGCGUAGUUCCUGCUGCUACAGGUAUCUCUGGUGCUGGUCGCACUGCUUCCAAUAAUUAUAAUGGUCCUCUUUUCAUCGCUGCUCUAUUCGGUUUGCUUUUGGUUGUUGUAUAG